CGGGCCCUGGCGAGGCUGGCGGGGGGCAGAUAACAUCUCCCCUCGCCUAGAACCUUCGUGGGACGUGCUGGGAAGGGCGACGGCUGGGCAGAGAUAGAGGGUUGCUUCCCGGCGUUAUCGCCUCUGCGGCUGCAAACAAGAGCCGCGGUGCUGGCUGGCUGCGCUUCACCCCGCUCGCUUCCUCACAGCCCCUCUUCAGCCUUUGGGACAUUUUUCUUUCCCCCAGCCCGUUGCAAUCACUUUUCUCCCCACCUCCCAGCAGCUGGGGUGCUGCUGCUGUGCCGGCUGGAGUUUUGGGGAGGCGGCGGUGCCCGUGCCGGCGCGGCAGGAUCCGGCUAGGCUGGCUGAUGUUUCCUGCCCGAGCGGAGUGCGCGGCCCCGAUAAGUGCCGUGGCUGAGCACGAGGUUUGGCAGGGAGCAGUGUGGUGCAGCCGGGGCUGGCCGUGGGGAGCACCGCUGCCAGGCUCAGCCGGGCAUGCUGGGAUGGCUGCAGGCUGCCCAUGGCUCCCAGCAGAUUGGCCUGGCUGAGAAAAAUCUGCUGGGGGCAGAGAUACGGUGUGGUUUGCCAAAGCCCCACGGCCCCUCGGUGCCGUGGGCAGCAGAGCAUCCCCUCGCUGAUGUGCGCUCAUCCCUGCCCACACUGAGGGUCCCCAGCCUGGCGGAGCUGUGCUGGAUCUGGCAGGAGAGGCAGCUCCCUCCUUGGAUUUCUGCAUCUUUUCAUGUCGUUUCCUCCCCUUCCCGCCCCCACUCCGGGUUUAUCAGCUCUGUUGGAGUCGGUCCCUGGAGGGAAACCCAUCGGCGCAGCGAAGCUUUGGCAGGAGGAGAGCGGAUGCUGCCGGGCCGGUGUCCCCGCGGGGCCGCGGGCAGCUGCAGGCAGCUGUGCUGGCAGGAAGCUGCACAGACGGGACCGGCCCGCACCCCGCCGGGCAGCGGGGGAAACUGAGGCACGGCCCUGCCAGCACGGCCGCCUCGCUGGAGCCACGGCAAUGAAUGGGCACGCUCUGCCGGGCGGCACGCCAGCGCAUCCCCGGGGCUGGCAUGAGUUCUGCGAGCUUCACGCCAUCAGCACCGCCAAGGAGCUGGCGCGGCACUACCUGCGCUUCGCCACCGAGCACCCGCACCAUGACCCGCUGGCCGCCGAGAACUUCUCGGUGCGCUUCACCGACCUGUUCCAGCAGCACUUCUGCCAUGAGGUGAAGGAAGGCUUCGCCACGAGCCAGCCGCGCGUCCUGCCCGCCGGCCCGGCGCGGGACUACCGCGACACGCACCGACGCCACGCGGACGCCUCCCCGGGCACGGCGGCCGACAAAGCCGAGGCGGAGCCCGGCGAGGGCCCCGAGCAGCCCAGCCGAACCCCCGAGGCCUCCCCGCUGGGGCUCCGCAAGUCCUGGAGCUCGGAGGAGCUGACGGGGCCGGCGCGACGGCCCUUCUCGCUCAGCCAGCUGCGCCGGAGCUGGCGAAGCCUCUUCCGCCGCCGCUCCUCGGACGCGCUGCCCGGCGACGGCGACGGCGACGCGGUGGAAGCGGCGGCUCUGAGGCCGGGACUGGCGAAGCGCGUCCUGCCCUGGGGGCUGUCGCGGGAGCAGCCCCCCGAGGUGCUCAAGGAGGGGCUCCUCAAGUACGGGCUGCUGGACGAGAGCUCGCUGGACUGCGGGACGCGCUGGCACCGCUGCCGCCUGGUGCUCAGGCGAGUGGGGAUGCCCGAGGGCAAGGAGUGUGUGCUGGAGCUCUUCGACCCGCCCAAGGGCUCCAGGCCGAAGCUGCAGGCUGCCUGUGCCGCCAUCCAGGAGGUGCGGAGCUGCACGCGCCUCGAGAUGCCCGACAACCUCCACACCUUCGUCCUCAAGCCCCCAAGUCCCUCUGCGAUGUCCCCCAGGUCACCAACGCCACCGACGUCGUGUUCGAGGCGGGGGACGAGCAGCAGCUCAGCUCCUGGAUGGCCGAGAUCCGCGAGUGCGUGCGCAGGGGCAGGUCUGACACAGGGGACCCCGAGCUCCCGGCGUGCCGACACCCCAACCCCACAGCCACCAGCUCCACCACCAGCACUGACACCCUCAGCCAUGGGUGCUCAUCCCUGUGCCCUGGCAGGGGUGACACUGGGGGGCCCUGAGGAGCCGGUGGGGCUGAAGAUGGAGCAGUUCCUCUCCUCCUGCCCCUGGUUCCACGGGCCCAUCUCCCGCGUGAAGGCGGCUCAGCUGGUGCAGCUGGGGGGGCUGGAGGGCCACGGCGUGUUCCUGGUGCGGCAGAGCGAGACGCGGCGCGGCGAGUACGUGCUCACCUUCAACUUCCAGGGCAGAGCAAAGCACCUGCGGCUGGCGCUGACGGAGCGGGGCCAGUGCCGUGUCCAGCACCUGCGCUUCUCCUCCAUCCUGGAGAUGCUGCACCACUUCCAUCGCUACCCCAUCCCGCUGGAGUGCGGCACAGCCUGCGACGUCCGGCUCUCCAGCUACGUCGUCGUCCUGCCCCAAGCUCCCGGCUCCGGCAGCACAGUCCCUCUCCCCCUGCCCGUUCCCGGCUGGAGCCCCGACCCCAGCCUGGCGCCCGCCGGCUCCUCCUGCCCCCGCGGCCCCGACGAGCCCCCGCUGGGUCCCCCUCUGGAGCAGAUCUUCCACCUGGUGCCGCCCCCAGCCGAGCUGACCCAGCAGAGCCUGCGCCCGAGCCGAGCUCCCACGGGCCCGGGCGCCCGGCACCGCGACUCGGACUACGAGGUGGAGGCACCGGGACGAGGCCACGUCCGUGCCAUUGACAACCAGUACACGCCACUGUGACUGCACUGGGACGGCCCCAGGACAUGCUUUUGGGUGAUGGAGAAAUCCCAGAGACCUCCCAGGUAUAUCCCAUCCCCAGAGCAAACGUACCUUGUUUUCUUCCUUCUGGUUAGGGAUGAUUAUUUGUAUUGUUGCAAGGAAGGGGGUAACUUUUCACUCCAGUACGGGUGUGCUCCUUCUCUUCGGCCUGUUGAAGGGCCUCUUAUGUUUAUUUGUAUAGGUUUUGAUUGUUAUUAUCAAAGCUUUCUCAUGACUGUUUACACACACACGCUGCCUGUGCCUGUGUCCCUGCCUGCCCAGCACCGCGCCGCCGGGCUCCCGCUGCCAGGGACUGCGGUCUCGCCCUUAAACCCAUGGGACUGGAGAAAGGAGACCAAGAAAAACCACCCCAGGAGGGUGGGGUGGAAAACAAAGAGGUGGAUUGUAAAUGAAUCAGUCAGUUGCUGCUCUUGGGCCACGCAGGCAAAGGGCAGCCCCCUGCUCCCAGCUCAGCACAUGCUGCUGCUGCCAAACCCUCCAGCCGAGGCCGACCCGCCGGAGCUGGGCUCUGUGUCGGGCACACAUGGUGGAGUUUGGGCUUUCUUCUUAGAUAAGGUAGAAACUGGCUUUUCUCACUCUUCUUUUUCUAACCCCUGUGCCAGAGGAAUGCUUUUAGCCUUGCUAAUUGUGAACACUAACUGCCCCACCGUUAAUCAUGGCACUAGGGGAGAAGGAACACUGAGACUGACAGCGACCCUCUCACAGAGCCCCAGCAUCUCCUCCCAGGGAUGGAGCUGUUUUAUCCCAGUGAUGGAAACGUUUCACCCUGGUGAUGAAGGUGUUUUAUCCCAGUGAUGGAAACGUUUCACCCUGGUGAUGAAGGUGUUUUAUCCCAGUGAUGAAAGCAUUUUAGGCACAAAUCUAAAGUGAGUUUCCCCCACUCCCCCUCCCAGUGUUUUUUGACCUUUGAGCCCCCUGCUCUCCCUUGCCUUUCUCCCACCCCAAACACUGUGUAAACAAGAGUUUGGUGGUGUUUAAAGCUAUGCAAUGGUCUCUUGCAGGCAAGGAGGAAGGGUUCCCUUUGGUGUUCACCUCCCUGCCUGGAGGAGAAGCUUCUCCCAGCCAGUCCCCAAGGCCUAUAGAGGGGCUGCACUCCCUGCUGUGCCUCAGAGGGAGGGCUGCAGGCACUUUAAGCCAGAGGUAGGACUGCAGGCACUUUAAGCUUUUGACCCACAAGCCCAGUGAUCACUGGUUGCACACCAAGUAAGAUGUUAACUCCCAGGGGAAUCUCUGCACAUGCAGCACACCCCCAGGGCUCUCUGUCCCCCCCAUCCCUGCACAGGCAGCCCCAGGAAUGCAGCUCCAGAGCAGGGAGCAAGGUCCUGCCCCAGGCUCUGCUCCCGUUUCCAGGCUGUGCCUGUACCUGGGGCCGGGCUGGGAGAGGAACCGCUGCCGUUAUUUUUGGAAGGAGGAAGGGGCCGGGCGCUUGCGACACGGGGAGGGGAUGUUCCCAGCUCUCAACUUCCAGAUUUCUCAGCUCAGCCCACGUGGCACUGGCCAGGAUCUCAGAUCCACAGCUGCAUCUUGGAAUUGCCUGAGGGGAAGGCUUUAGGUUCCCUCCAAGUGGCAGCAGAGGUGGGAGCCCUGAGGAGCAGUGAAUGAAUCUGAGAGGAAGCAAAAGAGAAGCCUCGAGGGGCUUUUGCAAAACUCCAGCCUCCAGGCAGGGCUUUGCCAUUGAGCCAGCACAGGGUGAGCUCAGUUAGCAGGCAAAGGCCCAGGAGCCAAGCUCUGCUCAAGGUGGUGUUGGGCUGGGCCAGAAAGGGCAGAUGUAGCACAGACAGGGACACAACAACCAGGGAUGCUGUCGACUUGAGAAACCACUUAGGAUUUGCAUUCUGUGCCUCCCCAGCUCUUGCCUCAGCCCUCUCCUGGGCUGUCAUGCAUUCAGAGCAGGCAAGGGCUUUGUUUCCCCCCUGCUUCCUCUGUUUAAAAUGCCCUGGUCACGGGCCCAGGGGAGCAAUCCUGUAUUUCCUCAGGGCUCGGUGCUCAGCACACACCAGCGCGGCCUCACUCCUGAAACUGGAGCAUUAAGAGCAAAUUGCACUGGCAAAAGGCAGCUCCAGCCCUGCCAGAGCCACUGAGGCUGCAACAAAGGCAGCCCUGUCCUCCUGCAGCUUCUGGGCUGCAGCCGCAUCCAUUUCCCUCCCUGGAGCAGCACAAAGGCUGCAGCCAAGGGCAGGAGGAGAGCAGGGGCUGCUCGGGGAGGGGGCUGAGGCAGCUCCUUCAUUGCCUAUAACCAACCCCCCCAUGGUCUUGCACGUAGAGGGAUGAGGAGAGGAAAGGGAGGAAGCACAGCCCAGGUUGAAAGAGCCCCGAACGAUGAGGUGAGCUCAGCCCAGUCAGCCUCCACUCCCAGCAGCUGCCAGAAGGAACGGGCUGGGAGAAGGGGCUGGGGCUGGGAAGAGAGAUUUCAGGUGGGAUGAGGGAUUGCUGUUCCCAGCCAGCACAGCCCUGGCCACAUCAGUCAGCUGCUGCUGGGGUGGGUUGUUUUGGUGAGCAGGGGUUUAUCGUUCCAGUGCCGAGGACUAACCACGUGGUAUUUUUAACCUGCAGUUCAAUUGCAAAGGGUUUCUCCAUCCUUCCAGUGGCAAUUGCUGUGCUUGAUGAGCAGGAUGGAUGCUGAGUUUGUCACCUAACACCCUGGGGCAGGUGCCACCUUCCCUUCUCCCCACUGGUGAGCAGGGGGAAAGUCACCCUCCUUAUUUAAUAGAGUUCUUUCCAUCUCAGACCUCACCAACAAGGUCACAGAGGGCUGCUGAGCUCACUCCCCCUCUGCUCUGCCACAGCUGUGCUUCCAACCCCACCUGCACUGGCACUUGAGGGGAGUUGUUUGGUGGUGGUGGGGCUUAUUUCCUCAGCUCCUGGAGGGUUGAGUGUGAAAUCCUAUUUCUCAUCACUAUGGGAAGCUGUGGCACAGGUGAGCCUGAGCCAGCCCUCGCCCUGCUCCUGCCAGCACACAUUAACCCAGCUCUCCCUCGUUAGAGCAGUGGGCAAAGAGCACUAAGCUGUUCCAUUCUGUGGAAGAGGAAACAACUUGGAAGAAGUUUUGCUGUCCUUCUAGUAAGCUGGAAGAAGAGCUCAGGACUCAGCAGGUUUGGUUUCCCCAGCCCACACGGGCUUUUAGGAGGGUGGAGGUUUGGGGAGGAGGGGGAGCCAAGGGCACAGCCCCUACAGGCCUGUGUGCCCCCAGGGAGGAGAAGGAGCGUUUCCCAGAGCUGAAAUGAAGUCAGAGGUGGCCCUGGGGUGUGCCUUGGUCCUGGAGACAGGGAGCAGAGGUUGGAUCUACCGUGCCAAAGCCACGAGCCGAGGGGCAGUGAGUGCAGGUGCCUGUGGCUGGAGCCGUCGCCCGACGGCCUCGCCAGGAGGGAUCAGAGAAUCACCCAGUUACUCAGGACAGUUGUUUUUUUGGCAAUAAAGACACAAACCAGGCAGUGCCUUCUCUUGCUCUGGCAGCAGGGACCUGGCUGAGUGCUGGCUCCAGACAGACCUCCCCCUCGCUCCUUGGGAAGCAUUUGCCCACCGACCCUCCCCCUCGGUGGCUUCUGUGGCUCCUUACGGGUGCCAGGAGAUGAAGAGCAUGACAUGAAGCAUUAUUUAAUCUCUUUCCCCUUUCCCUCCCCCUGAGGAGCAGCCCAGCCACCCCGAGCAGCUCACCAACCCCUGACAUCACCAUUGCCUCACCCAUGGGUUUUGCAUCAAAACCAUUUUGGGGCAAAGCUCCUCAGUCGUCUCUCGGCUCUGGGCUGAGGCCAAACCCUCUGGUUUCUCACCAUCCCUGGAGCACACAACACUGCUGUCACCCAACCAGGGCACUUCCAUUCCAACAAGCACAUAAAGCCUUGACAUCUUGAUCACCAAACAGGCUGGAGCACCCUGUUCCAAAGCCUCUUCCAGCUUGUUGGAUACAGCCAGAGCCCAACCCUUGGCCAGCCCCUGUCUGGGGGGUGUGAGGCCACUGCUCCUUCUGCCCCUCAGCAAAAUGAUCAAAGCCAACAGAUUGUUGGAUGGAAAGUUUUACCCAAGUUUUACUUUCCACCUGCACAGAAAAGUUCUUCCUGUAUAGUAGGGUUUUCUAUGUCCUGUUUCUGUAUGUACUGUACCAGUAACUUAUUCUUGAAUGAUGCCAUUUGACCAGAGUAUUAAAAGAGGAAAAGAAAUCUGCUCUUAAUAAACUGUUUUUGACCUUGUUUCUCA